AUGGGUGCCACUACCGUCCCUACCAAGGAGCAGAUCCUCGUCCCCGAGACGCUUCUCAAGAAGCGCAAGUCUCAGGAGAAGGCCCGCGCCGAGCGCACUGCCUCUCUCCAGAAGAAGAAGGCUGCCAACAAGGAGAAGCGUGGCGUCAUCUUCAAGCGCGCUGAGAAGUACGUCAAGGAGUACCGCGAUGCCGAGCGUGAGAAGAUCCGCCUGCACCGCGUUGCCAAGGAGAACGACUCUGCCUACAUCCCUGCUGAGGCCAAGUUGAUCUUCGUCGUCCGUAUCAAGGGUAUCAACAAGAUGCCUCCUAAGCCCCGCAAGACCCUCCAGCUUCUCCGUCUGCUCCAGAUCAACAACGGUGUUUUCAUUAAGGCCACCAAGGCUACCACCGAGAUGUUGAAGAUUGUGGAGCCCUGGGUUGCGUACGGUUACCCCAACCUGAAGACUAUCAAGGAACUCAUCUACAAGCGUGGUUACGGCAAGGUCAACAAGCAGCGCAUUGCUUUGACCGAUAACGCCAUUAUUGAGGAGUCCCUUGGCAAGUACGGCAUUGUGUGCAUGGAGGAUCUCGUCCACGAGAUCUACUCCGUCGGCCCCAACUUCAAGCAGGCCUCCAACUUCCUGUGGCCCUUCAAGCUGUCCAACCCCACCGGUGGCUUCCGUCCCCGCAAGUUCAAGCACUUCAUUGAAGGCGGUGACCUUGGCAACCGUGAGGAGGCUAUCAACGCCCUCGUCCGCCAGAUGAACUAG